AUGAAUGGAUCAUUUGUUGAAGCCAUUGGGUUGGUACGAGACAAUGAUAUGUCACAAUUCGAAAAGCUAAUCAAACAACGUCCACAACUGCUCGAAAUCAAACGUCGUGGCCGUUCUUUACUUACUUACGCACUGCUUUAUGAUCGUUUAAGAGUACUGCAAAUUAUAUCAAAGAAGACACCUGGAUCUUUAAAUGGGGAAGAAAAUUCCGAAAGCGCUCUUCACUGGGCAGCGAAAUGUGAUGCACGUAAAUGUUGUAAAUAUCUGUUAACUCUACCACAACACAUACGUGACACUCCGUGGGUACUACUUAAAAACAGACGUCAAAUUACGCCGAUUCAUUUAGCUGCCCUAUGUGGACACGUGAAAAUCUUAAAGAUGUUACUACAAUCAACAUCGCUGGAUAGCGAAAAUUUCUAUCAGAUGGUGACCGACGAUAUGGGCCGAUCACCAUUACAUUAUGCAGCUAGCAGAGCAAGGCUAGAAUGCUGCGAGUUGCUCCUAGAUGAACGACUCGGACUACCAAUUGACCAAAAAGAUCGAAAUGGACACACCCCAUUAAUGUGUGCUGCUGCUAGCUGCUAUGCAGAUGCAUCAGAAGUAGUAAUCCUAUUAGGAAGGCGUAAGAUAAACUCAAUAACGUCACGUGAUAACGAUGGCCGUACGGCGCUGCACUUGGCUGUAAUUGCACAAAACUACACGGUUAUUGAUACUCUUCUCGAUGUGCUAGAAUGUCCCUCAGAAACUUUUGAUAACGAUGCACGUACUCCUCUGCAUUAUGCAGCUCAACGUGGUCUGCAAGAUAUGGUGCAGAAAUUGCUAACUGCUAAAGCACGUAAUGCUACACGUGAUUGUUUUGGCAUCUCUCCUGCUCAUUAUGCUGUGCAAGGAGGGCAUCAAACUGUAGUUGAUCGUUUACUGGCAUCUACUGGUCAUAUGGUUCAAUUUUCAAAGUUCUUGUUCAUUGUUAUUCCAAUUUCAAGUCAGAAACGGUAUCAUAUGGGAGUUAAAUUUCAGGAGCAAUAUGACAGCGAUGGUCGUUCAUGUUUUAUGUGGUCCGUGAUUGCUGAUCAGGAAUCAUUGGUACAUUAUUUUUUGGAAAACUACCAUCCUGAUCGAAAUCAUAAAGAUAAGCAUGGUUACACUGCAUUACAUCAUGCUGCGCAUAUUGGAAGUUUACAUUUGGUAAAGUUAUUGGUCAAGGAAGGAUGGAACAUUCACGAAGUGGACAACGGUGGUGGGACACCUCUUCACUUGUCAGCAGCCAAAGGUUUCACAGAUGUUGUCCGUCUGCUAGUAAUGAUUGGUGCUGAUUGUGAGCAAACUGAUCGACAAGGAAGGACUCCAAUUUUCUAUACAUGUUUGGGUGGUCAAGCACACACACUGAAUGUAAUGAUCACGGAACUGAACUGCGAAAUAACACAUUCUGACAAGCUUGGACGAACUGCAUUGCAUUGCGCAGCAUUUUGCGGAUAUAUAGCAUGCAUCGAAGUGCUGCUUAAUAAAUCGGAAGAUUUAAUCCAUAAGGAAGAUUUAGAUCAAUUUACUGCUAUUCAUAUUGCAUGCGAAAAGGGUAGAUAUGACUGCGUAAAAUACUUAUUAAAAUGUGGUGCGGCUGUAAAUGCACUUGCCAGAAUUGAUGAUUGUACACCAUUGAGCUGUGCACAAGCGAAUGGCCAUUAUCAGAUUGCUAAGCAUUUAAUACGUAACGGAGGCUUGUUUCCUUACCAACUACGAAACUUAGCUGCAAGUAUAAUUCAGAAAUGGUGGCAGAAAGUGCGCUCUCAACCAGUUAAUGCCUGUUGA